AAUAUUAUUUGACGUUAAAAACCAUCCUAUGACCAACGACUCCACCACUAAGUUUUAAUUUGACUUCACACUUUCCCUGCAUCCCCUCAUCACUAUAUAAUUCCACCCUUUAGCUUUGCCACUCAACCAAGCUAAGACUAUAGCACACUCCCUACUCCAUCUCUCAAACCAUGGCUCUCUACCACCCAUCAUUCCUCCUAACUGUCUCAUCUAUCAUCAUCCUCCACCACUUCGCAAUAAAAACACUCUCAUCACUGCCACCUCCACAACCACUAUCACCACAAGACCCAAACAACGCCACCGCCUCGGUCCCACCAUCUACACUCUGCCAGUCCACCCAAUAUCCUAGCUACUGUAAAAACAUGUUUCAAUCCGAUAAUAACAAAACUGCCAAUGUCUACGAAUACGGCCGCUUCUCCUUCAAACGCUCCAUUUCACAAGCCUCAAAAUUCCUUAAGCUUGUCAACAAGUACCUCCACAAUAGUAAGAAGCUCCGCUUAACACCCUCCGCUGUCGCAGCCUUACAAGACUGCAUGUUCCUAGCUGAACUCAAUAUCGACUUCUUAACCACCUCUUUCGCCGCGGUAAACACGAAAGAAAAUAAGACUCUCCCUACCAUUGCCGCUGAGGAUGUCCAAACCUUGCUCAGCGGCAUCCUUACCAAUCAGCAGACUUGCCUCGACGGGAUCAAGUCUGCUGAAUCCGCUUGGUCUAUCGACCACGGCAUUACCUCUCCUUUGUCAAGCGACACUAAACUCUACUCUAUCUCUUUAUCUUUGUUUAGUAAAGCUUGGAUUCCUAAGAAAGACAAGGCUGAUCAUAAGCUUAGCCGGUCACAUGGGAGGCGACACCCGGCUUUGUUCCACAAUGGUGGUCGCCUCCCUGGUUUCAACAUGUCGGACAAGUCUCGAGCCGUGUUCGAGACUAGUCUUGGACUUCGCCAUGGGAGGCUUCUCGGUGGUGCUGACUACGAUGAUCAGGUGUUGAUAAAUGAUGUUGUUAUUGUUAGCCAAGAUGGAAGUGGGAAUUUUAGUACCAUUAAUGAUGCUGUUGCUGCUGCACCUAAUAAAACUGAAGCUGAUGAUGGGUAUUUCUUGAUAUAUGUUAGUGCUGGAGUUUAUGAGGAGAAUGUUUACAUUGAUAAGAAGCAGAGAUAUAUUAUGAUGAUUGGUGAUGGUAUUAAUCAGACGAUUAUCACUGGAAACCGGAGUGUUGUGGACAAUUAUACUACUUUUCAGUCGGCUACUUUUGCUGUGACUGGAACAGGAUUUGUUGCAAUGAAUAUUACCAUACGCAACACUGCCGGUGCAAUCAAGCACCAAGCAGUUGCUCUAAGAAGCGGCGCAGAUUUAUCUGCCUUUUAUAGUUGCAGUUUUGAAGGGUACCAAGACACGUUAUACGUGCAUUCCUUAAGACAAUUCUAUAGAGAAUGUGACAUUUAUGGCACUGUAGAUUUCAUAUUCGGUAAUGCAAAUGUGGUGUUUCAAAACUGCAAUAUAUAUCCUCGUUUGCCUAUGGAAAAUCAAUUCAAUGCCAUUACUGCUCAAGGACGAACUGACCCGAACCAAAACACUGGUAUUUCGAUCGAAAAUUGCAUAAUUCGUGCAGCAGAAGAUCUUGCAGAUAGUAAAGGCACGACGAGGACGUAUUUGGGGAGGCCAUGGAAGCAAUACUCACGAACUGUUUUUAUGCACUCAUACAUUGAUAAUAUGGUUGAUCCCGCUGGUUGGAGAGAAUGGGAUGGUACUUUUGCCUUGGAUACCUUGUAUUAUGGUGAAUAUAAUAACACAGGACCAGGUUCAAAUGUUACUGGUAGAGUGAGUUGGGUUGGUUACCAUUUAUUAAGUGCAACUGAUGCAUCCAAUUUUACAGUGUCUACAUUUGUUUUUGGUGAUGAAUGGUUGCCUAAAACUGGAGUACCUUAUGCUAGUGGAUUAUUGUAAA